UACUCACAUAAUAUAAUAGAAAAAAAAUUACAAGCAAUCUGUUCCAAACUGAAAUAUGUUAUGAGCUUAAAAAAUCAUAGCAAAGCACAGCUCUUGAAAAAAAUGAGGUUUUCCAGAUUUAUGAAACAAGUGAGAUAUGUCCCGACGUGUAGAAGUCCAUUAUCCACUUACUCGUCUUCUAUCAUCACCUUCUUAGAAAGAAAUGAAGAUCUCUGGAUUCAUGAGAUGUCUCUUCCUCGACUUCCUGUACCGCCACUUCAAGCUACAUUGGCAAAAUAUUUAUACUCAGUUCGCCCAUUCCUGUCGAGUGAGGAGUAUUUAAAAACAACAAAUAUUGUGAAUGAAUUUGCCUCACCUAAUGGAUUGGGAACUAAGCUGCAAACCAUGUUGGCUGAGAAAGCUAAAAGAAGCUAUGAUUGGUCAGAUGAAUUGCAACUGAAUACAUAUUUCCUUGAAAAUCGGAAACCUCUAGUUUGUUACAAAAGUCCAAGCUGUGGAAUAUAUUAUAAAAGUUGCAAGGGAGACAGACUUUGGCAGGCAUCUAGGAUGGUAGCUGGACUUCUGAAUUUCAAGAAAUCGAUAGACAACUAUUUUCUACCAAUUCAAAUUAAAUCUGAUCAAUCUGAUGAUUUGCUGGCUUAUUAUAAAAUUUUCUACACAUGCCGAAUUCCUGCUAUACCUAAAGAUAAACUUGAAUUUUAUGGUUUGGAUAAUGAAAAAAUUAAACACAUUAUUGUCAUUCAUAAGAAUCAGUUUUUCAGUGUGGAUGUCUAUGACAAUGAUGGAAAUGCUCUAAAUGAGAAUCAAAUUGAAUAUCAGUUGCGAAAAGUAGUGGAAAUGUCACCAACUAGUAAAAACCCCAUAGGUAUUUUAACCACACUUAACAGAGACAAAUGGGCAAAAACUUAUAAAUUACUGUUACAAUAUGACCAUGUAAACAGAAAAUCACUUGCAACUAUUCAGAGAUCAUUGCUUGUUGUAUGCAUAGAUGAACCAUCAAAAGAUCUUUUAAAACCUUAUAAAGACCAGUUCAAUAAACAGGUCAUUAAUGGUGGCACUGUUGAAGCAGGUGGUAAUAGAUGGUAUGACAAACCAUUACAGCUAAUUGUAGGCGAGCAUGGAGCAUUUGGAAUAAUUUUCGAAAUUUCUGCAUUCAAUGCAAGACCGCUUAUAAAUGUAUUCAAAUAUGUAAAUGAUUAUUUGGCCAGAAAUGAGGAAAUUAGUACUAUAUCUGUGACAAAAUAUAAUCCGAAGCCCAAGAAAUUGAAUUUUUUCUUGCCUUUAAAAGCAUUACAAGACAUUCAAGAAGCUCGACUUAACUUGGAAUGGAUUAUUGAUAACUGUGAUGUUGGAGAAUAUUAUUUUGAUGAUUUCGAAACAGAGUGCAUUAAAUAUCGAAAUGCAAGUCCAGAUAGUUAUAUGCAGAUGGCUCUACAACUUGCAUUUUACAAAGUCCAUCAUGAAAUAGCUGCUGCAUAUGAGACCGCAUCUACGAGCAAAUUUUUCAAUGGUCGCCCUGAUUGGAUACGAUCAACAUCUGUAGACAGUGUGAACUUUUGCAAAGAGAUGAUGAAUAAGUCCUCGUCCUUUGUUGCUAAAGCAGCUGCCUUAAAAUCUGCGAUUCAAGUCCAUCAAGAACACACACAUCAAGCAAUAAAUGGUAUGGGUAUUGAUCGUCAUUUCUUAGGUUUGAGAAAAAUUGCUGAAGAAAAUAACAUGCCAACUCCAGAAAUAUUUUUAGACCCAGCAUAUUCCAAAUGCUCUUACUUCAGAAUGUGUGGCAAUCAGGUGCCAACCAAAUUUGAUAUUUCUCCACAUCAAAGUCCUUUGGAACCUGAUGGAUAUACUUGUCUAUACAACCUUCAUUUAUCUCCCAUUAGAUUCAACAUUUGUGCGCAAAAAGGUUGUCAUGAAACAUCAACUGCUGAUUUUUACGAAGCAUUGAGAGAAACUUUGAUAGAAAUGAAAACUGUUAUAGAUCAUUCCAAAAGUGCCAAUUUAUGAUGUAAGAGCUUCCUAUCGUAAACUGCGAUAACUUUGAUCCGCACAGGUUACUUUGUACAGCUUUUUUUAUCCAAACGUCGAAAAAAUAUGUGUUUUUCUAGUAGUUUGCCAAAGUGUAAAGUAUGAGUUUUUUGAUAUAAAAAAAAGACUUUAGUUGACAGAGAUUUUAUGCUUUUGGGAAUUUAUAUGUUGUUAUUCUAACUGCCAUUAGCUUUCGUUUAAAAUAAAGUAGUUUAAUAUAAAAAUUGUGUAAUUGUACAAUGCUUGCAACUCAGCAAACUUUUUACUGUACAAUCUGUAAUAGAAAAAUACAAAAAAAUUAAAAUGAGGGAGCACCUCUGUUAGCCGUA